CACACUCUCCCCGGUGGCUGGGCCUUCCCUCCAUUGUUUCUGAUUGGCUGGCCGGGUGAGGGAGCUCUCGGCAGGCUUUGUGGCACUCACCAAUGUCAGCCAUUUUUCAAUUGUGUUUGCAGCCAGAAGCCUGUGCUCUCAGCUAGCGGGGAAGGUUUAGGACUCCUCUGUUCUCUACACCAUGGCUCGUACCAAGCAGACAGCCCGUAAAUCCACCGGUGGAAAAGCCCCCAGGAAGCAGCUGGCGACCAAGGCAGCAAGGAAGAGCGCGCCCUCUACUGGAGGGGUGAAGAAACCGCAUCGUUACAGGCCGGGUACUGUGGCUCUUCGUGAGAUCAGACGUUACCAAAAGUCCACUGAGUUGCUGAUUCGCAAACUCCCGUUCCAGCGUUUGGUUCGUGAAAUCGCUCAGGACUUCAAAACAGACUUGCGCUUCCAGAGCGCUGCUAUUGGUGCUUUGCAGGAGGCUAGCGAGGCCUACCUGGUCGGACUGUUCGAAGACACCAACUUGUGUGCUAUCCACGCCAAACGCGUCACAAUUAUGCCAAAAGACAUCCAGCUAGCACGCCGCAUACGCGGAGAACGCGCUUAAAGAAAAAAAAAAGAGAGAAAGAAAGAAAAAAAAAUUCCUAUCUUGUCAUCUUCAAACUCAAAAAUAAAUCUCUUCUUCCUUGUAAUUGGUAGUUUGAACGUUAGAUAUAUAUAUUUUUUUUCUUUUUCCUCCGUGGGGUUAAAGGUACCUAAAUAUAUGGUUGUGAAUGGAAAUGUAGGGGACAGGUUCAGGUGCGGGCAAACUUCUUCCAUUUUUUUUUUUUUUUUCAUUUGUGUGUUUUUUUGUUUUUUUUCCCUCCCUUUUUUGAAAGGCGGGGAAUGACAUCCUCCAUUUUAGAGCAUAUCUGAGGCACAGCUGAGGCAGCCAUUUUGUGAGCUGAACUUUUAUUCAGCCUGAAA